CGGGACGUACUCGUAAAUUUACUCAAACGAGCCAGAGGGGCAGACAAACAGUGGAGGCAGAGGCAUAUCAAACGAGCCCUGGAGCCCCGUCGUUGGCUGCCUUGCUGGUCCCUCUCCACUAUCCUUCCUGAAUUAGAUUCGUCGACGACUGCCCAGCUCGAGGUUUGGUUGGUGGUCUGGGUAUCUGGUGUCGGAUGCCUGGUCUCUCUGAUCCAUCAUGUUCGCAAAGACCAUCUUGCAUUUUAGAACUCUUCAACUCUCAAUUAUGUCUUUUUGUUUCCUGUAGGCGCAAUCAUCUUAACCACAGCCCUGGCAAUACAGUACCCGGAAAAUCUUGGACCUUGGAAACAUCUACUAACAAUUGCCUCCACUGCAUCCCGCCAGGACCGUUCAUCGCUGAUAUCGCCGCCUUGCGCAUUCGUUCCUGUCCCUUCUGACGUGACACCGUCGAGAAACGAUACACGGCAACGACAGGAGAGAACUUUCUAUAGCAGCUUUGAGCUUGGAAUCUGGAUUGGCGUGAAAGCAAGGAAACUCGAGUUUAUAUAAGGAAUACCCCUCCCACCAAAAUUCGGGAUCCAAAAACACCACGCCGAUGGACGCACUGGAUCUUUUCCGUCGGGCGCAAAGCUCUGUCAUCCAGGCGCGAGAGGUGAAACUGCGCGAGAACGGUCAUGGUCUGAACAAUGGCCAUAUCCACCUCCACGGGCAUCCCCAUGGCCAUAGCCAUGGGACUGAACCACCAGCGCCCCGGAUUGCGCACACGUUGACGGCUUGCUGCCGUUGCCGCCAGGUUCGUGCGAUGCCUGUUUCCUUUCCGCAGGUGUCAAGCACUGACACACAAGUAGAGAAAGACGCGAUGCGAUGCGAACCUCCCCCGCUGCGCACCAUGCGAACGAGCCGGCGCCGUGUGUGAAUACUAUGACACCUCCAAGGGCAAGAAGAUCUCGAGGACGUACGUGAUAAAACUUCAGGACAAGGUUCGGGCUCUGGAAGCGGAGCUCAGCCAGUAUACAGAAGAGGAGGGAGGACCCCAGAAGCCCGAGGAUAUUGUGCGGCCGGGAGGCUUGAUUCGAUUAGAUGAAGACGAUGAAACCCCGCGCUUUUUAGGUCCCUCGAGUGGCAUCGCGAUGACGAGGUUAGUGAUGGAAGAGGCUAAGAAAUAUACGGAUUCAAGGACCAUUCGUGAACUAGUACCUGAGGUUCGCCAACGUCGACCGCCUAUGAAAUCUCCAGAAUCUGCAUCGGAAAGGAAAAAGUCAUAUCCCAUGAUCAGUGCUGUGCCAGCCCCUACAUUACCAAGUCGCUUGGUAACAGACAAGCUGAUAGAGGUCUUCAAUCAAAAGGGUAAGUAUGCGUGAGUGAAGCAUGUUCCAAACAUUGACUUACUUUGGAGUAGCCCAGUACCUUGCUCCCACCCUGCACGAGCCAACCUUUGCCAAAGACCUUCAGGAAGUCUACGAUGGAAGUACAGACCCCUACAAAAGUUUUGUCUUGAGAAUGGUGCUCGCAAUUAGCAUGCAAAAACUUGAUACUCAAUAUUCUGGUUUAGCCGACAGUUAUUAUCUCGCAGCCAUGGCAUACAUGGAAGACGUUAUUCGUCCCAAGAAUAUCGACACACUGACAUGUCUGAUAUUGGUUGCACAGUAUUCUAUGUUGACACCAACUCGUACCGCUAUUUAUUAUAUUGUAGGCCUAGCGACCCGCCUUUGUCAGCAACUUGGUUUGGCUGAAGAAAAGACCAUCACUCAAGGAGUGUCACUGGGUCUGGUAACUCCCCUCCAGCUUGAUAUGAAACGACGAUUAUCGUGGAUCAUUCUUUCAAUGGAAUUGGGCCUUGCCCAUAGCAUGGGGAGACCCAAUGCUUUUGCCACCGGCGAAAAUCAUAUUGAUGUUGGGUAUUUUGAGACUGUUGAUGAUGAGUUCAUAACAGAAGGUGGUAUAUUGCCUGGUCCUCCUUCUGAAAAGAAAUUGGUGGCUAUUCAUUUCUUCAAAAUGAGACUUCUACAAGCAGAGAUUCGAAGGGUACUCUAUCAAAAUAAGCGACCGGAACCAAAAGAUGAAGACCAUCCCUGGUUCAUAGAAAUGGAGAGGAAAUUGAAAGAUUGGCUGGAUGCAAGCCCUCAGGGUCCAGCUUCGACCAAAGCCUGGUAUCUGUAUGUGUAUCAUUCAUAAUUCAUCAAAGUAUGCUAACAAGUCUUAGGUUCACUGAUAGAUACAACACAAUGAUCGUCACGCUUCGAAGACCAUCACCGCAAGUGCCGAAACCCACUGCGCAAUCUGCACUGCUGUGCUAUGAAGCAUCCGCUGAAAACGUUCAACGUGCAAGCAAGCAGAUGCAAACCGGCGUAGCUGACAUUACAUGGAUAUUUCUGCUUACAGUAUUUCAAGCGAUCAACACUAUGCUUUGGUCAACUUCUUAUCCAGAGGUUCGUGCUAUGCAUAGUAAGGAUGAACUUGAGGAGAAUAUCGAUGUUGCUCUCGAGAUCAUUGCGAAUUGCCGCGAACGCUGGCCGGGCACAGCAGCUGCCUCGGAUCUCUACUCCAAACUAGCCAGAGCUUGUCUGAGAAGCUACGAUGUGAUCCUAGAACCUAUCACCCAAACGCCAGCACCAAAGUACAUGUCACUGGCGCCAUCAUCACUGGCAGCCAAUUCUCCAGCCUCUCUCACGGAUGGCAAUUCCCCUGCAGCAUCCGAACACUCACUCGCAACCAACGGCUCAAUGCCACGCUCACAAGUCCACUUCCAAGAAGCACCUCAAUUUGGCGUCGUCUUUAACCAAAUGCCCGAGCAUAUUCCCCACUUCGAUUACAGCAUGCAACCCCCACCACAACCAGCCUUCCGCUCCAACUCCAUCUUCAUGUCAGGCACCAGCCGACAAUCCGAUCGAAGAUUCUCCUACUUCCCACCCGACUUUGCACAAACCAACAACCUCGCCAACUCCUGGAAUCCCAUGGACAUCACCGCUUCUCAGUCUCAGGCUCCCGCACACGCACCGCCUGCGAUUGCGGAUCCCAGUUACAUGAUGCAUCAUUCGCCCUUCAGCUUCAACUCGUACCAGUUUGGCGAGCAGGAUUACGAUGUCCAGAUGCGACAGGGUAGUCUCAGUCAGCAGCAGCAGAUUGAACUCAUGCAGACCCUCGAGACGGAUGGCCUGUCAGAGAUUGACAGUUAUAUGAAUAUGGGCGCGCAGUAUGAACAACAACCACCUGCGGGAUAUCCAAUGGGACCGAGUAAAUUGCGACGGUGAUGAAAGUGAGGUGAGGUGAGAGAGGUUUGGGUUGGUGUAUUCCUUCCCUCCCUCCUUCCCUUUCUCAUCCUUAAAAGUGAAAAUUCGCAUUCGGGUUUUUGUGCCGGAGGAAAUGGCGUAUAUACGUUUUAUGUUUUCUAUGUCUCUAUCUCUUUUUCUUUUUCUUUUUUGGUACACUAAAAGGGGUUCUUGCUGCGAAGCUUUGUAUCUGGUCAUGGAAGGGUUGAAUCGGGUUGUUGGAUAGAGGUGUGAUAUUUUUGUACUCGUGUUGUUGGGGUCUUUUGUGUGGAUUUUUGGAUUGGAUGGAUUGGUAGGUAGGUUGGAUAAAGAAAGGUAGGUAGGUAGGUGGGUAUGGGUAGGGUAAGAUGGUUUGUAGGUAGGUAUCGAUUGGGAUUGGUAUAUUAUAUUAUAUUAUAUUAUAG